AUGGGUAUGGGAAAUGAAGCAAGUUAUGCAGAAGACGGCCCAUAUGAAGAGAACAUUCUUGGAGGAGACUUUGGGUCAACUGAAAUACCGGAGAAUUUGAUGGAAGAACCCAAUGAAGAGCAACAUGAAGAAAGAGUGUUUGAAGAUUUUGAAGCCGCCAAUCAACCACUAUAUGAUGGAUGUGUUGAAGGUAUUUCUCAACUAUACUUGGCAUCUCGUUUAAUGAAAGUAAAAACUGAUCAUAAUUUGGCGGAGUCAUGUAUGGAUGAGAUAUCACAAACUUUUAGAGAUUUUUUGCCACAACCAAAUAUAGCUCCUGAGUCACAUUAUGAGAUGAAGAAGCUGACGAAGUCGCUUGGUCUCCCUGUUGUCAAGAUCGAUAUUUGUGAGGAUAAUUGCAUGUUAUUUUGGAAAGAAGAUAACGGGCUGUUGGCGUGUCGGUUUUGUGGGAAAGAUAGAUAUCACAAGAACCAUGGAAAGGGAAAGAGGCGUCCAAAACAGAGAAUGUUCUAUUUGCCUAUUACAGAGAGGUUGAAGCGUCUGUACCAACAAGAGUCUACUGCAUCACAAAUGCGAUGGCACGCAGAACAUGAGUCGCCAGAAGGAGAAAUGCACCACCCUUCAUAUGCUGCAGCAUGGAAGCAUUUUAACAAGGUAUAUCCUGAUUUUGCGGAGGAAAUUCGAAAUGUUUAUCUAGGAUUAGCAACAGAUGGAUUUAAUCCAGUGGGUAUGAGCGGAGAAGCCCACUCGGUCUGGCCCGUCAUCGUAACCCCGUAUAACCUACCUCCUGGUAUGUGUAUGAAAAGAGAAUAUUUCUUUUUAUCAGUACUAGUUCCUGGGCCAAGGCAUCCAAAGAAGAGCAUUGAUAUUUAUCUGCAGCCGUUAAUUGAAGAACUAAAAAGUUUGUGGAGCGAUGGAGUUGAAGCAUAUGAUGUCUCGAAGAAGCAAAAAUUUUCGAUGCGAGCCGCACUAAUGUGGACAAUUAAUGACUUUCCCGCUUACGGCAUGAUGUCCGGAUGGAUGACUCAUGGCCGGUUAGCUUGUCCAUAUUGUCUUGAUGAUACAAAGUCUUUUUGGUUGCAACAUGGAAGGAAGCAUAGCUGGUUUGACUGCCAUAGAAUGUUCCUGCCUAAGGAGCAUCCUUGCAGAAGAAAUGUCCAAGCUUUUCGAAAGGGGCAGACAGUAACUGAUGAUCCUCCACCAUGGUUGACGGGAGAAGAAAUUCUUCGCGAAAGAAUCAACAACUUCGAAGGAUUGAAGAAAACUGUCGAUUUUGGAGGAAAUGGACACGAGAAACCUGCGAGCAUUAUAAACAGCUACGGCAAAGACCACAACUGGGUGAAGAAAAGUAUCUUUUGGGAGUUGCCGUAUUGGGAAAACCUUCUUCUUCGCCACAACGUGGACUUCAUGCACGUUGAGAAAAAUUUCUUUGAUAAUCUUAUCAACACGGUGCUUAAUGUUCCCGGGAAGACAAAAGAUAAUGCAAAGUCGAUGAUGGAUCUACCUGAUUUGUGCAGAAGGUCUGAGUUACAUAUGAAGGCUGAUGGAACGAUGCCUGUCCCAAUUUUCCGGUGUAUAGACGAGACGAAUAGCAAGAUUUCAGGUCUCAAAAGUCAUGAUUGUCACGUCAUUAUGCAUCGACUUCUCCCAUUUGCGUUUAAGGAAUUACUUCCCAAAAGUGUUCACAUUGCCAUUUCAGAGAUAGCACUUUUCUUUCGUGAUAUCUCUGCGAAGAUACUUAAGCACGAAGAUGUUGCUAUUUUGAAAGAAAACAUUGCGGUGAAGCUUUGUAAUUUGGAGAAGAUUUUUCCACCGUCGUUCUUUGAUGUUAUGGAACAUUUGGCCGUACAUUUAGCAGACGAAGCUGCUUUAGGUGGUCCAGUGCAAUAUAGAUGGAUGUAUCUUUUCGAGCGAUACAUGUACCAUCUCAAAAAAAAAGUUAAAAAUAAGGCACACAUUGGAGGUUCCAUCGUUGCACAAUAUGUGAAUGAAGAAAUAUCUACCGCUUCUGCAAAAUUCUUUGGUAAUCCACAUGUGGUACCUGAGGUUCCACUUCCCGGGGAAGUUCGGUUUACAUAUCAAUAUCCAGAUGUGCCUAACUUGUUUUAUCACGAAGGUCGGGUUAGUGGAAAAUCUGAAGAGAAAUGGCUAACCGAUGAAGACUACACUGUCCUCCAGACUUUUCUGAUGCUCAAUUGUGAUACAUUCGAACCCUACGAAAGGAUGUUCGAAGAGUUUAUGACAGAGAGAAACCCAUAUAUGUCUACUAAUGAUCUACAAAUACUGAAAGACCAACAUUUUGCUGAAUGGGUGAAAAACUAUGUUGUGCAAGCAAGUAACACAUAUGAGUUUCCGAUGUGGAUGUUAGAUUUUGUACAAGGUCCGCAACGUAAGUAUAAAUCUUGGCCGAUUUACCAUUCACGUGGAUACUGCUUCCACACACAUAGCCAUGGCCAAGAUAAGAAAACCCAACAUUACGGCGUCCAAGUUCGUGGAACCACAGAUACUGACUAUUACGGUUUGAUCGAGGAGAUAAUAAUGGUUGAGUAUUUUGGUUCCGUUGGACUGGAGGCCAUGGUUUUUAAAUGUAAGUGGUUUGAUACAACUGAAGGACGGGGAAUUCGAAAACAUAAAUCAGGAAUCGUUGAUGUGUCUCCGCGUUGGCAGUAUGAGAAAUAUGAUCCAUUUAUCUUAUCUGGUAAUUGUGAUCAAGUUUGUUUUAUUCCUUAUCCGCGGGUACGACAUACAUUAGCCAACGAUUGGUGGGCAUGUACAAAAGUUAUGCCUAGAGGGGUUCGAGAAACCUCCGAGGAUGCUCUUGUUGCAUUACAAGAUGAUACACACAACCAAGUUGUUGCACAGAGCAUGAUGCUGCGCAUUGAGACGUAUGCUGUCGAAGAUGAUUCAGAUUAUGAAUCCACACCAGUUGUUCCUCCUAAUGACGAAUACGUUUCAGAAGAUGAAUUAGAUGAGGCUUGUACUGAUUCAGAUUCGGAAACUGAUUCAAGUUCUUAG